AUGACGUAGCACGCAGUGACCGACGGGUCGGGGUUCGGUUGUUGUCGUAGGUGUAAGGAGGUGGCUGAGUAGUUAGGAGUUGUAGCUCUGAUUAUAUUUCUUGUGUGUGCUGUCACGUCUGAAACAGAACCGUUGUAUAUAAGUUCUCGGGGCGAAUACCGGGAGCAAUGUCGGUGUUUGGAAAGCUGUUCGGUACUGGGGGUAAGGGCGCAAAGGGUCCCAGCCCCCAGGAGGCCAUCCAGAAAUUGCGCGACACCGAGGAAAUGCUGACCAAGAAACAGGAAUUCCUAGAGAAGAAAAUCGAGCAGGAGUUGAUUGCGGCCAAGAAGCACGGGACUAAAAACAAGAGGGCUGCCCUGCAGGCUCUGAAACGCAAGAAGAGGUACGAGAAGCAGCUUGCACAAAUCGAUGGAACAUUAUCCACUAUUGAAUUUCAGCGUGAAGCCCUUGAAAAUGCUAACACCAAUACUGAGGUUCUCAAAAACAUGGGAUUUGCAGCUAAAGCUAUGAAAGCUGCUCAUGACAACAUGGAUAUCGAUAAGGUAGACGAACUAAUGCAAGAUAUUGCUGAUCAGCAGGAACUUGCACAGGAAAUCUCAGAUGCUAUUUCCAAGCCUGUAGGAUUUGGAGAAGAGUUUGAUGAUGAUGAGUUGAUGGCUGAGUUAGAAGAGUUGGAACAAGAAGAAUUAGACAAAAAUCUACUUGAGGUAGAGGGACCAGAAAAUGUGCCACUUCCCAAUGUGCCUGCAGCCUCUUUACCAUCAAAGCCAGUCAAGAAAAAGCAAGAGGAAGAGGAUGAUGAGCUGAGAGAAUUGGAAUCCUGGGCCGGGUUGUAGAUAUUUCAGUAGUACUGUAAAGUCACAUGGACGGAAAGACUAUCCACCUUGUGCAGUGGGUGUACAUAUGGUGUGUGAGGGAGGAUGGAGGGCGGGGGGUACAAGAACACAACUCAAAAUGUUUCUCUCUUUCUCUUUACCCCUUUUUUUCUUUCUCUGCUCAAACUGUGGCCUUGACGACUGGGUAAAAACACCACAAGAUGUGGUAGAACUGGAGGGUUCAGAUUUUGACUUUGUAUUGGCUGAUGUCAAGCCUUUGAGCUCAGUGCUUCACCAACACCUGUAUGGCAGAUAAGGCAGCUGGCUGGAAUUAUGGAAUCCCGGAGCACACUCAUGCUUGGCCUGCACGUUGGUGUUUGCAAUAAAGUUUGCAGUUCACCUUGCCUCAUCUGUCAUUAUUACAGUUCUGCUUUUAAAAGCCCUUGGAUUUUAAAUGGAGGCCUUGUAUUCUACUGUAGAAUAAUAGCCCAUAACAUGGUGUGACCAUGUAAAGGACAAAUGCUGUAUAUUUACAAGUCUGUAUUCACAUAUCCCAGGAUGCAAUCUUCCCUGUAUAUGACAAGAUCAAUCAUACAUAACAACACUACAAUAUUUUACAAAGCAGAAUGUUUAUGCUUGGGGUCACAGCGAAGAGGGUGGCAGGAAGAUAUGUCUUACAAAUAUAUUAUAAGACAAAAUGAUUCCAAAUUAGAAACAGAUUUUUUUUUUUUUUAAAUGGUGAUUGAACACAUUUGCGCGUGUUUGUGUAAUCAAAUUUAUAUAUGUAUUUUUAGCCAUUAAGCCAACAGUGUAUGUGUGUAUGUUUAAACAAGCUUCCAUACAAACCAUAAUGUUUAAAAGGUUGUGGUUUUUAACUUUUUGGAAGAUACUGCUUGUGCACUGUAGUCAUAGCUCAUAUGUUCAUGAAAUAUAUGCUGUAUUGCACAUAAUUCAAGAUCUUGUUACUGUAUUUUUUUCUUUUGCACCCAAACAGUGGAGUACUACUUCAUAUAGCUCCACCUUCCAGUAUGGAAAUGUCUUUGGAAACAUAACUAGUCUAAACAAAUGCUCUACUUUAAUACUAUUUACUUGUUUUGACUUGUGGAAAAUGUCAAGUUCUCUCCCUAUACGUACAUACAUCAUUUCUGACAUUCUUUUUUGUGCAUACAUGAGACCUGUGGAUGUGGCCCCAUGGGUAAAUAUUGUGCAGGAGGGAAGCAUGUCAGGCACUCAUCUGUAGAUGUGAAUGAGUGUGAUCUGCAGUGUGGCUAUUUAUAGAUAUAUUUAUUGGUCAAACACACUUAAUGUAGAGCUUGUCAUAGAUAGUAUACAGUUACAGCUCAGGCUUGUCUUUUUAAAUGUUAAUAAUACAUCCUGUUUACAAGUUAUUGUAGACAACUUAGUGAUUACUGCAUGUAACUGCACCAUGCAGACUUAAAAUACCUUUAAACAGGAUUUAAUUUAUCUCCGUAAAUAACAAUUUCUUUGUUCACCCAAGAACUGUACUUUUUCUGUUAAAAAAUGUUCCAUUUUAAAUAUUCAGCUGGAAAUAGUUUACAAUUUUUAGUAAAUAACCUUAUUGUUUUUAUUUAAGGAUAUUUCAUUUUCCUAAUCAAGGACCUUUAAGUUGUUGGAUGCUGUUCUUCUGCAAGUGAAUCUUGGAAUAAUAAUGAAUAUAUAUAUAUAUAUAUAUAUACACACACAGUGGCUGCAUAUUUCAAAAUUUGUACAUGGAUGGGAGAUUAUUGGAGUGAAUGUAUUUUGCAUACUUUGGUGUCUUUGUUUAUAGCAUUUUCAAUUGGACUUUAACUGCAUUCACUCUUACUAGAGAAAAAAUAAAUAUAUUUCAAACAUAA